AUGGCAACGAUAGCUACCUACAUCCUCUCCGGCCUUCUGCUCUUCGUGCUCUACAAAUUCCUCAAGCCCCAAAAGCAAUCCCUUCCUCUUCCCCCAAGCCCGCCCACAGACCCAAUCCUCGGCCACAUCCGCUCCAUCCCUUCUAAGAACCCAGAACUCACUUAUAUGAAAUGGGGAAAACAAUACAACACAGAUAUCCUCUACCUCUCCUUCCUCACCCAACCAGUCCUCAUCCUCAACACCGCCGCCGACGCCAUCGCCCUCUUAGACAAGAGAGGCGCCCUAUUCAGCGACCGCUCGGACUUUCAUUUCUUCAAAGAACAAGGCUGGACCAACUCCCUGACUUUCUUCUCCCGCAGCGCCGAAUUCAAAAAACACCGCAAGAUCUUUGGAUCCUCAUUUACGCUCGCGAAAUGCGUGGGGUAUCAGGCGGGGCAGGUGGAGGAGGCGUGGAAAAUGGUGCGCAGGAUUUUGGAGAGUCCGGGGGAGUGGAAUGGGGAGGUUAAGGCGUAUACGACGGCAGUGGUACUGCGGAUUGCAUAUGGCAUUGAGGUGAAAGGACGAGAUGAUCUGUAUGUGAAGAUUGCGGAUCAGAUUUCUGAGGCUGGGGGGACGGGGGGGAGUACGGGGAUUAGGCGAUUACCGGAAUGGGUGACGUUCAUCCCGAGCUUGAAAUUUGCUAGGGAUCAUAGGGAAUAUGUGAGGAAGAUGCAUAACCUGCCGUUCGAACAUGUUAAGAAGGAAAUUGCACAAGGCGGUUCAACCCCCUCUUUCAUCCGCUCCCUCAUCGAAGAACGGGAUGUCCUAGGCGAAACACCCGACGAGAUCACAGAUGCGGAUAUCGAAGGCGCGGGAGCGACUUUAUAUACUGCUGCCCAGGACACGACGCACUCCACAAUAACAGUCUUCAUCCUCGCCAUGCUCCUCAACCCCUCCAUUCAAUCCACCGCCCAAGCAGAAAUCGACCGCGUCGUCCCCGCUGACCGUUUUCCUGAUUUUACACACCGCGAGAAGCUGCCGUACAUAGAGAGAUUGGUGCAAGAAGUUUUUAGAUGGAAUCCAGUUGUGCCGUUAAGUACUACCUCCUCCCCUUCACAAAUACAUGUAAAGGUGUUGAUGAGCAAAGCAAUCCCACAUAAAUCCUCCAAAGCCACAACCUACAAAGGCUAUUAUAUCCCGGCCGGCACGCUAGUUAUUGCAAACGCCUACGCCAUUCAUCGGGAUCCGAAUGUGUAUAAAGAUCCUGAUAGGUUCUGGCCGGAUCGGUAUUUACCUCCUUCUGAAGGUGGAGAUGGGGCGCCGGUUCCGUGUGCGCAUUUUGGAUUUGGAAGACGGAUAUGUCCAGGUCAGAAUCUCGGAUACGCUGGCGUGUGGAUUGCGGUUGUGGGGAUAUUGGCUACGAUGAGGGUGAGGAAGGUGAGGGACGAGAGAGGAAAGGAAGUUGAGCCGAACGUGGGUAUGACUACGGGGUUGACUAGGUGA